UUCCAUGCGUUGGACGCUCUCACUGCAAAACCAGACCAGGCUUACCUGACAAGGGACAACAAACUUCUGUACCAAGACUGUCGUCCCACUGACAGUCUUCAGUACACCUUCAUGGCCAAAGGAAUGGUGUCCCGCUUAGGAGACGACCCCAAACCUUCCAUGGCCCUUUUGGAUCGCCACGUCCGCUGUCUUGAUUCUGACUUGGAUGCCCUCUUUCGAGCGGCCACUAAUCCUGUCGAAAAACGGGAUAUUGCUUUAGCCGGCCUUGCCAACCUCUCCCUCUGGCUGGGGUGGCUCCGGUCCUCUGAAUGCUUUGAUCUCAAUUGGGACGAUGUUGAAUGCUUGGAACCAGAAGACGGUGAUAAGGAGGAACUCCCCACCGGGUGCGGCCUCCUCAAGCUCCGUCUGGCGCCAGAGACCAAAUCGGACCGGAGCCGGCGAGCCGAUGUCCUCGUCGCCUAUCGGACUCUCUCUGGCUUGUGUAUCGGGCUUUGGUACCAUCGCACCAAAUCCCUUCAUACGUCUCCUCAUGGCCCGGUCUUCUGCUCUAGCCCGAUCAGAGUUGGAGACAACCGUAUCUGGGUUGUAGUAGAACUCAAACUUGAGAACGGGAAGCUUGGCAAUAAGAAUAUUGCGAGAAGUCGGAUCAUGGAGCUUGAUAAUAAUCCAAAUCCUGUUUCUUGUUGGAUUCGAGUUUAG